UAUUUUGAAAGUCUCCGUGGUUCAAACCGGAAGUGGUGUGUCGAGCUCGGCUAGCUUUGAUCAGCUGUGAUUCUGCUGUCUGUGUUUACAGUUUGGUGUUAUUAGAGGAGUUUGGAAACACCGUCCUGGGUUUUAUUGCUUGAAUUCAUCAUCAUGAAGCUGCGUGUUCGUCUCCUGCAUCAGACCAGCCAAGUGAAGUUAUCAGGAGAAGAACCCAGUUUGAAAAAGCUCACAGAUCUCAUCAGGGAGAAACUUCUGUCCUCUCAGGGACUCAGUGCAGACACAGAGUUCAGUUUGUCUCUAAGAGGCUCAGAGCUUCUAACAGACUCAGGACAGACUCUGUCGUCUUGCGGCAUCGUGUCCGGGGAUUUGAUCCGUGUCGUCCUGCCUGAGUCUGCAGUCGCCAGCUCCACCAGCAACACCAACUGUACCAACAACACCAACUCCACCUCUUCAGAGUGUGCCAACACAACCAACACAGCAACCAGCAGCACAGAGACCCAGAGGAACACCAGACAGACAGCAGCCAUGACCUCCAGCCAGCCCAGCAGCAGCAGCAGCCUCCCUGCAGAGUCGUCAGACUCUGAGGGCCCUGGUGAGGCUGUGUCCUCUGGUUCUUCAUCCUUCAGCUGGGAGCCGAUGCUGUGCAGCGAGGCAGAGGAGGGUCAGGCUCCUCUCUUACUCGAGAUCCUUUACCAGUCGGCUCAGACAAAGAGUCCCAAUGACGCCAUCAUGGUGGCCGGACACCUGCUGAUGUUAGAGACCGGGUUCAUUCCUCAGGGCAGUGAGCUGAUGUCAGGUGAGAUGCCUGCAGGGUGGAGGUCAGCCGGUGGAGUGUACAGACUGCAGUACUCUCAUCCUCUGUGUGAGAACAGUCUGGUCUCUGUGCUGGCGGUGUGUAUGAGCCCCGUGCUCGUCAUCAACGCGACUCUGAAGGUGAACAAAAGCGUUGACACAAUCCCCAAACUGACCCUGAACCCCUGCAGCUACAUGACCAACCUUUGCCCAGGAGAAAGUGCUGCUGCUGCUUUUAAAGAUCUAAAGAAACUGUCCCGGAUCUUCAAAGACCAGCUGGCGUACCCACUGAUCGCUUCAGCCAGAGCAGCGAUGUCUCUGCCCGUGGCGUUCGGUCUGGCGGCUCUUCCCGCGGAGCUCACCCUCAGAGUCCUCAGACUGCUGGACGUGGUCUCUGUGGUCAGACUGUCUUCAGUCUGCAAACACUUUAACAACGCCACAGCUGACUCUAUGCUGUGGAAACACCUGCACCGCAGAGACUUCAAAGAUUCACAUCCAGGAAGACACAGAGACACAAACUGGAAAAAGCUCUAUAAACACUCCUACAAACGUCUCUUUUCCCGCCGUCGUGUCCUCUCCUUCCCAUCCACCUGGACCACAGACUUCCUUCUCCCCCCCCCUUUCCCCGUCGCCUCUCCACUGCCCAGCAUCACCGGAGUACGGUACGACCAGAGACACAGCCUCCCUCGGCUUCGCUUCAGCCCCAUCAGCCCACUCCGAGAUCCGGAAAGACGGUCUCAGACUGUCCGCCGCCUAAAACCUCUCUAGACGUACUGCGAGGCUUCAUCUGAUUCUUCUUCUGCAGAAAUAAAACUGACCUGAACCAGAA